ACUGAUGUUCCAUCCAAAGACCGGGACAGUUUGGCGCAGUCUACUGCUGAAACCAACGAUGACUGUGGAAAGAAAAAUGGUGAAGUUAGAUAUGAACAACAAAGAAAAAAAACACCAGAAACACUAGAAGCAAAUCAAGCGAUGAAACGCAACAUAAAUAACAAUGACACCCACCUUAUGAUGGCAAUCUGGCGCAAAACUGAUGACUUCAACAACGUCGGCUCCAACUGUGACAAAAUUAAGCUCUUAAUCGUUAUCUGA